AUGGCAUACGACAUUGUCACUCACACUCAUCACAUCACUGUUAUGGGCGACGAGGAGGUGUACGAGGCACACGGUCUCAUUGACGUGCAGCUCGACGCCACAAAUCCGCUCGACCAAAGAUGGGUUUCGGGUUCCGCCAUCCUCAAUCCCUCGAAUCUGCCCGUUUUUAAAAACACCGGAGACAGGGUGCGCUUCGACUGGUGCAAGCCUAAUGGCGACUUUGAGCUCUUCCGCCGCAGAGCUCAGAUCAUCGCACUCGAUACCGUGCCUGUCGCAGGGCCUUCGGCGAGAAAUGCCAAAUACACCUCGGUGCAGGAAGUGGUGGCAUGGUGGGAGGACGAAAAGGGGCACUGGCUGGUGACACGAGGAGAGUCGGAGGCGGAGUCGGUACAGGACAGGUGGGAUCGAAUAGAAGGGGAGAGCAAGUGGGCGAACGCUUGCUUUGCAUUGACUGCUAUUGCAGACGCUCUAGCGGCUCUACAUUCCAAACACUUUUCUCUCCUCGCCUGCAAGCUGCGGACCUUCAACCUCUGUCAAGACUCGGCAUUCCUGUCCAUCGUUGACGACAUCACCUGCCUCCCCACAUUCGGCCUCACAUCCCUCCUCGGCUCCAGCCCUCUCGCCCAAUCCUCCCUCUUCAAUCACGACCUCAGCGACGAUUCCCUCCUCAGCGAUCACUACGUCCGGCGGAAUCUUCGGUACCUCUCUCCAGAUACUGCCAGCUCGCGGCAGGUAUCGAGGCAGAGUGACGUCUUUACCUUUGGCGUAUGCGCAUACGAGCUCGUCACUGGCAUACCCCCGGACGGUCGGAAGGACAUUGACUCUCCGUCCGACGUCGACAUUCUCGUCGACGUCCAUCGACACAUCACUACGGAUAUCAUCCCUCCCACCGACUACUUUCAGCGCCAAGCAGACCUCGCUGCUUUUCCGGCUCAGCUUCCACCCAAGGCCUUAUCCGACAUCGUCAUGAAGUGUCUCGCAAAAGACCCAGACGAUCGGUACAAUUCCAUGGAGGCGCUGCGAUACGACCUCAAAAGAGUCGGGCAAAUCUGCCAGUCGAACGGCAACAUGGACAGGUUCAUCGUCGGGUACGCGGAUCAUGCCUCUCGGUUACACCUCCCAACUCAGCCAAUCCACCGCGAGGCUGAGGUACGGAUUCUGCAGCAGACAUGGCAGUCCACUCAGGCAUCCAAGUCUGUUCCGCAGCAUUAUGAGGCCAACUCGGUCAGGGUGGUCUCGGUCUGGGGAGCGAGUGGGAGCGGAAAGACCCGCUUCGUGCAGUCGUGGGCGAGAACGCUGGAGGAGAAUCGGAAGGGAUGUCUGGUCGCAGCUGCCAAGAUGGACGAAUACUCCAACCGGCCGCUGUCGUCGUUCCUUCAGAUCUUCCAGGAUCUGUUGGAACGGGUCCUGGCGGAUCCCGAAGAGGAUGCCAAGGCAUGGGCCAAAAAGAUCAGGGAGGUGCUCGGACAACAAUUCAACAUCUUCGUGUCCAUCCUGCCUCAACAAGCUCGGCGCCUACUCCUCAUGGGCUCGCAACCGCCUGCGAUCGAGCCGGUCGAUUGGGCGACUUUCCUCUCGGCCUUCAAAGGCUGGAGCGCCCGUCUCAUCCAAGUCUUUGCCAACCUCAGUCGGCCCCUCGUCAUCAUCGUCGACGAUAUCCAAUGGCUCUCGGCGGACGAAGUUGAGAUCUGGCGAUCUCUCACUGACGGUGCGCAGCCGGUCAACCACAUCAUGCUCGUGACAAUCUAUCGGGUACAAGCCGACGCGCCACCUCCUCUGUCAGCUUUGCUGAGCGUAUCGGGCGAAUCGUUGAAUGUUAAGCCGCUGCCAGAGGAGGGUGUCAGAGAGUACAUUCAGGCGUCGUUUCCAGGCGGAGUGGAUGGACUGUCUACCUUGGCUCAGUGCCUGUUUGCAGAAACUGUUGGCAGUCCACUGUUUCUCAGGUCCAUGAUCGAGACACUCGUGAAAGAAAAGGUCAUUUACUUUGAUUUCGACGCCCUGAUCUGGCGAUACGACUCGGACGCACUCCAGUCCCAUUUAUCCGACGCCGGCGUCGACGCCUACCUUCAUCGUAUUCAGGCAACACUCCCGCCUGACGGCAUCGAGCUUCUGCAAGUUUUGGCUUGCCUCCCGGUCGCUGGCUGUUCUGCCGACCUGCUGGCAGAGUACCUCAAAAUACCUCGAGCCCGGGUCGAGGGUAUGGUGUCAAGGGCUCAGAGUAUUGGGGCGUUGAUACUGGUUGGGACGCAUAUCCGUUUCAGUCAUGACCGUCAACGAUCCACCGCCUACAACUCGAUCCCACCCGACCAGCUCGGACCCCUUCAUCUCGCUGUUGCCCAAUUCCUAUGCCAGCCCGCAUACAUCGAAGACCACAUAUUCGAGGCGGCCGAUCACACGGUCACUGCUCGCGCAAAUGGCACACCUACGCCUGACCAGCCGGCUACAGCACAGCUUCUUCUCAGCGCCGCAACGCGCUCGGCCCUAGCUGCCAGUUUCGGGGCAACGAAAGUAUACAUUGACGAGGUCGAGGAUAUGAUGGACGAGAGUGGAGGAUUGUCCUGCUGGUUCAACCAGUACCGCGGUAUCGUGUUGUCGUAUGCCGAAAUCAUGGCGCAGGUUUCGGGCGUGUUGGGACUAUUUGAAGAAGCGUUUGCAAAGCUGGAUGCUCUGACCAAGCUGUGCGAGUCGGAUCUCGAACGCAUCAAAAUCGCACUCUUACGCAUGAGGCAAUACAUUGCCGCUGCGCGUCUGCCCGAGGCCAUGGCGCUGUGCUGGUCGACACUCGAGGCCGUUGGCUAUGACCCACAUGGACCCACAGCUCACGUUUUCUGGACUCCUCGAACACUCGCAGAGGUCCGCCAACUCGUCAUCCCGACCGACAUUGAAGCGGACGACCCUCCAGAUCUAGACAUCCAAAGCGUUGUUCUAACUAUGCUGGUGCAUGCCGGACCCAGCAUCUAUGUCACUGAGCUGGAUCGGCGAGUUCAAGCCUUCGCAAUGGGUGUCUCUUUGGGAAUCGCCUCGGGCCUGCGGCAUCCCGCCACGGCAUAUCUCUUCUCCGUUUACGCUCUGACCGCCCCAGAGGAAGACAUAAGGGCACCUUGCGCCGAAAUAGCCAAAAAGCUCUCCCUCAUGCGGCCCACGUCCUGGUUGACCUCAUCCACAUGGGUCGUCACAGCAGCCUGCGAAUACCGCUGGCGACUACUCGAGGACAUCCCAGACGAGCAUACUCCCGCCUUCGAGCUCACUUCCGCUCUGGGCAACUUUGAGCUGGCCGCCUAUGUCUUCACGCUGGAUGUCGCCGCAAGACGCUUCUCGAAACGGAAGCACGAGGUGCCUCUAGUUUUGGCGCGGUACCAAAGUCUGCGAGACCACAUGUCUCCGGCUUCUAGAAUCCUCGUCCAUGCUCCCUUGCAGUACAGUCUCAGACUACUCGAGAGCUCCAGCGAACCACCAUGGCACCUACCCGGUCGUAUACUCCUUCCUUCCGACUUGGAGCCGCUCAGCGGGCUGCUCUGGCAUCAAGCGAUCUGUGCGACAUACACCCUGCGCCUCGCAAUCUUGUUCGAUGCUCCGCUGGAGGUACAGCUCGAUCUGCUGUCCACUUACUGGUCACUCUAUCCCGUCGGAGCUGGGACGCUAUAUGGAGCAGAGCUGGCAUUUGUUGCCGGGAUGAUCUUGGCUCGGUCAGAUCCUGCAGAUCCCCGUUUGAAGGUGUGCUACCGAGAUUUGGAGCUCUUGGCUCUGAGCACACACUCCUUCGACCUAAGAUUGAAGCUUGUCCGCCAAGUUGAAGCUCUCCAUCCAUUCUCCUUCGGUACCCUAGCGGCGGUCGAGUACUUCAUUUCAGAGCUCGAAGCCGAAGGGGAGCUCACCCUCGCCGCUCUGCUCAACCUCGGCGUCACGCACUCUAUUGGACAAGAUCAACCGUAUCAUCGAAAGGUCCGCUUCGGCUACAUCGCUGCCGCCUUCGACCUCUUCAAGGCAGCCGAAAUGCCCGCUGUCUGUCACCACAUGAAGAUAGCAUAUCCCUCCCUACCCACACCCCCCAACACUAUCGUUUUUCCCGACUUUGGCCCUCAUUCCGCCCCGGUACCGCCUCCGCUGAGUCGCGCUCCUGCUAGCACCGACACGUCCGAAUCUACCACUCGAGAGGCGAAGGGGAAGGAAGGCAAGAGCGACCCUCUCGAUGCCCUGACGUUGAUGCGUUCCUCGCUGGUUUUGGCAUCGGAGCAAGAUCCGGAGGUACUAUUGUGCUCUCUACUCCGCAUAUCUUCCCAAUUCGCCCGGGCAGAUUACGCCGCCAUCGCCCUGUGUGACGUCGGAAAGAAGACGGGUCUCACUCUGCGGGCGGCGGGGCGGUCUGGGCGGAUCCUCUCGCAUGACUUGGACAUCGAGACGCAGGGCGGGAAAGCAUGUCCAGCGGUGUACAUGCUACACGUCGCAAGGACUGGAAGAGCGCUAGACAAGGCCGACAGUAGUAGCCGGAUCCGUCUCGAUCCGUUCUUUGAGGGCAAGACGCCAAAAAGCCUACUCUGCACGCCCAUCUUCAACCGGGGGAUCCAAGUCGGAGUGCUCUUGCUCUCUUCCUCGGCCACGAGCUCCGUGCAGCUCGAGGCGACGCAAGCCAAGGAGGUCAUUGCGGCUCUGGCAACGCUCGCCAUUUCCACCACGCUAAACUACUCCUUCACACAAAGGCUGCAGGAGGAGGUAGCGCAGCGGACGCAGGAUUUGAAGUCAGCUCUUCAGGCCAAGACUACGUUUCUGUCUACUGCUAGUCACGAUCUCCGUACCCCGUUGUCGGCUAUUCUCGGUUUGUCGGCAGUCUUGGAAGCCAGUCCUGGUCUUUCGCAAGUCCAACGGGAACAUCUGCGCACCAUCAUCCUAUCCGGCGAGGACCUCCUCUCUCUCGUCAACGACCUACUGGACGUGUCUCGUCUCGAAUCCCAAUCCGUCACCCUCGAGCACAUACCCUUCAACCUACGAGACCUCGUCGAGUCGGCGCUUGACGUCCUAGCUCCGGUCGCUCACAAGAAGGACGUUGAGCUCUGCCUCAUUAGCCCCAUCACCUCCGACCCCCCGGAGCUGAUCGGGGACGGGUUCCGUGUCAAGCAGGUCCUCAACAAUCUACUCUCCAACGGAGUCAAAUUCGUCGCGAAAGGGGAGGUCACGGUCCACUGGAACCACGAGCGUCUGCCGGAUAACAAGUGCAAAGUCACCAUUGAGGUCCGCGAUACCGGGAUCGGCAUCCCCGCCAAUCGCAUGGACAGGCUCUUCCGGAGCUUCUCCCAGGUCGAAGACUCGACCACUCGCUCGUACGGCGGCAGCGGGCUGGGCCUGAUGAUCUCUCGCAAUCUUGCAGAGCUGAUGGGUGGGACGUGCACCGCGACCAGCGAGUAUGGCAAGGGGAGCAACUUCACCUUCACCUUUAUCGCGGAUACAGUCAGCCAAAGCCAGCCGGUACAAUUUGCCAAGCACAAGGAGUCACAGGCAUGCUUUACGCUUUGUCGACCGGGUAGUUGGUGGAGUAUGCUGGAGCAAAAUCUCUCCGAAUUAAACUGCGCACCGGUCCGAUUCGCCCCAUCGCCGGAACUCUGUCUUAAGCGGGGCGAGGACGGCGGGCUCAACUCGGAUGUCAACUUUGCCUUUGUGUUGGUGGAUACGACCAUGGUGGACAAGGAUACCCUGGGGAAGAUGCAGAAGCUACAGCCGAACGCCAAGUUCGUGUACCUUGUGCGCGGCAUCGACUUGGCGGAUGCAAUGACUACCUUUGGGAUAACGCGUGAGGCAAUCAUAGCUCGGCCCAUCAAAUUCAAAUCCCUCUACUCUGCCAUGAUGAGCUCGUCCGAAAAUGGCGAGGUAGCAUUACCCAUCACCACUGCGGUCAAGAAGAAGAAGAAGCCAAAUCGGAAUCUUGCCAAAGAAUGCCCUCUCCGAAUACUACUGGUCGACGACAACGCGGUCAAUAUCCUGGUCGGACGUCGGAUUCUCGGCCUGCUGGGGUACGCCGACGUGGCAACUGCGUCAGACGGUCAACAAGCGAUCGAAGCGGCCGAGAAGAACCCUGUGGAUCUAAUCCUGAUGGAUCUGCAAAUGCCGGUACUCGGGGGAUUCGAGUCCAUGCGCCGUAUACAAGCCUCUCCGCUUGCUGGGGAUCCGUGUGUGGUCAUAUUGACCGCUGAUGCUCAGCCUGAGGUGCGGUCGCACUGUAUGGCUGGGGGUGCGUUCGACCAUCUUACAAAGCCUCUAGAUCUCCCUCGACUGCAGGAGAUCAUAGCAGCUGCAUAUGUACACAUCACAGGCGGUCAAAAUGGGAAGGAGUAG